CCGCUCUGAUGGUGGGCGGAUGAGUAAUGCAUCCAGGAAGCCUGGAGGCUGUGAUUUCCGCGCCAACCCCGCCCCUCGCGUGGACAUUUAUUCUCUACAGCUCAGGCCCUGCCGCCAUCGCCGCGGAUCAGGCGUCUAGAAAGACACGAGAGCUUCCACCAUGGCCCUGUCUGCACCUCUGGCUUCAGGCAUCCUCUUGUUGCUGUCACUGACAGCUUCCUGCAAGGCCUGUACCUGUGCUCCACCUCACCCACAGACCGCCUUCUGCAACUCCGAUCUUGUCAUAAGGGCCAAAUUCGUGGGAACUGCAGAAGUCAACCAGACCACCUUAUACCAGCGUUAUGAGAUCAAGAUGACAAAGAUGUUUAAAGGAUUCGACGCCUUGGGGCAUGCCACGGAUAUCCGGUUCGUCUACACCCCGGCCAUGGAAAGCGUCUGCGGAUACUUCCACAAGUCCCACAACCGCAGCGAGGAGUUUCUCAUCGCUGGCCGCCUGAGGAACGGGCACUUGCACAUCAGCACCUGCAGCUUCCUGGUUCCCUGGCUUAGUUUGAGCUCUGCUCAGCGCAAGGGCUUCACCAAGGCCUACAUUGACGGCUGUGAGGCGUGCACGGUGUUUCCUUGUUCAACCAUCCCUUGCAAACUGGAGAAUAACACUCAUUGCUUGUGGACAGACCAGCUCCUCCUCGGCUCUGAGAAGGGCUUCCAGAGUCGUCAUCUUGCCUGCCUACCUCGGGAGCCAGGGUUGUGCACCUGGAAGUCCCUGCGAGCCCAGAUGGCCUGAAGUCCACCCCCAGUGGAAGGAGAAGCCAGCACAUUGUCUCUUUCCCACUUCCACCUUUCUCUCAGAUGGUGAAAUAAAGAACUACCACACUGCA